AAAGCUGGGCACAGAAGAGGAAAUGUAAAUGCUGUCAGCAGCUGAGAAAAAGAAACCUAAUGCAGAUCAGAGCUGAGCAGAUGUUGAAGAACCUAGAAAAUUCAGCCACUGCCAGGAACUCAUCUACGUGGGGCCGCUUCAGCACAUAGACCUGGUGGACCACUCCAUCUAUCUCCACCGGGAUGAUGAAGUCCGCAUUGUUCACUGGCUUGAAGGAGCUGUGCACCAGGGUCUCGUCCAGGUCGAUGACUACGCAGAUCUUGUCUGAGUCCUGAGCCUUGGCCUCGGGAAGCAGUUUCAGUGUAUCUGGUUUCAUGUGGAGUUCCUUCAUCCACUUGGACUUGAGCUUUGUACAAGGAGAUAAGAAUGGAUCAAUUUGCCUUCUUCUACAUGAUAACCGACAGUUGAAACAUCACCAUUUGUUGAGAAUGCUGUCUUUUUUCUACUGGAUGGUUUUAGCUUUAUUGUCAAAGAUCGAGUGACCAUAGAUCAGUGUAAUGUCCCAAGAGACACCAUCAACAGUUGAAAACAAAUGUUUUGAGGCAAGAUACUGCAUCCUGGAGCAGUGACAAGCAUCUCUUGAGAAUGGAAUUUUGCACCUGAACUAUGAAAGCUUCUUGGGGCCAUUCUUGUAGAUGCCAAACUAGACUGGAGAAGAUCAUGGAGCCUGCAGAGCACUAGAGCCUAGAUCAAAGAAGCUUUGAGGAAAGAAGGAGGCUGAGAGCAGAGCUGCAGCAGGCCAUGCAGAAAGGACAUCUUAAAAAGAACUCCUGGCUCUUAAGGAAGUAAGCAAAAGACAGACAUGCUUCGAACAUUGGUCCGAUUUCUUUCGUUUGCCGAUUUCAUUCGGAGGUUUGUCAAAAAACGGAACUUUUCAGUGGUGGGGAUUUCCCACUUCACCCAACCCCGCCCUCCUGGAAGACUACAAAUACCCAGCACAAGGAACCUACAGAAGACUCUUCUGCCCACACUGGUGCAAGCACUGCCUUUCUCCGGAUUCACGAGCUUCUCCAGGGAUGGAGUCGAAUUUCUGGUCAGUGCAAGUGAAGCAAGCCUGGGAUUCCGUCCCUCUGGUGCAAGAGGCCCAGCCUCCUCUGCUCCCCAGUUUUUCAGAAGACCGCGGUCCCUGGCCUCUCCCUUUCUAUCCGGUCCUAGGCGAGAUCUCUUCCGACGAUGGCGGUGACUACCAGGAACAACCACUUCCAGUUUGGAUGAAUGACUUCGCGGGAACCUACCCCAGGACCGACUCUUGCAAGAUCCAGAGCACCUCGGAGCCCAGCAUUCCUGAGUCUGUGAGCGCCAUCCACGAGGAACAGCCAGAGAAACCCACCACUCUGGGAACCUGGAUGGAAGCAGUAGAAGAAUCAUUCAGAGUGGCGAUGCAGCCCUGGUCCUGUUCCACAGCGCUCCACCGUGGCAACGACGCAAAGGACACCGAGACCUGCGGCAGGAGUAGUUCCACAGAGUGUGAGCAACCAUCAGAGAGUGGAGAAGUAGACUCUGGACUUUGCCAGGAUGCCUGGAGAGCAUUCAUUGCCUGCCUGUUCUGUGGCUUGUUGCCGCCAGACAGUGGCAGCAGUGAGCCCUAGAGAGCAGCAGGUGCUCUUUUGGCGUUUAAGAGCGAAGUCCUUGUCAAGAGGAUCACUUUACCCAAACCAGUUAAUUCCCUGCAGCCUGCUACAUUCAGUGCAGCCCCCACCCCCACCCCUGCUUCCACAGUAAAUAAACAGUGGUUUGUAUUCG